GAGCCCCUCUCUUUUAUCGGUAGAAACCCGUGUGAAUCGCAAUGAACGGGAAUCCAAUAUUCGCAGACCAGGGGCCUCUACCAACAUUUGGGCAUCUCACAAAUUCUCCCGCAAACUCCCUGGGUUCCAAGGACUUGAAAAUAACCCCGGAGUUGGUGAAUCGUAAUCAAAAUCAAGACAGUUUUCCUGUGAUAUUGGCUGGAGUUGCUAGUGGGGAUCUCUCAAAUCAAGAUGGCGGCAGUGAAGACAGCGACGAACGGGGAAAAGUUGCACAUAAUUUGUCGUGCCAGAAGAAUUGUGUGGACAGACUUCCCGAUGACAUUCUUAUGUUCGUCGGCGAAGGGAAUGACGAUGACAGCAACAGUUCACACACCGCCGUGAAUGUUGCUUUGGAAUCCUCUUUUUUAGAGGGUCAGAACGCUGUAAUUUUGCCGCUAGACAGUGACUUGCACUUGCGCGGAGUCCGGGGGCAUGAUGAAAUAGAUAGCCCCGUGAAUUUGAACCACACAGCGGAUGAACACAACCCGGAAGUAGUGGCCUCCAUGGCGCUACCGAUACCGGUUGCAAUUGUGCAGCACCACGAUACAGUUCCAAUGCUACUUUCUUCCAAGUCCAACUCCCCCAAAAUAGACUCUAUGGGUGUGAACACAUCUAAGAUGAUGGAUCCUGAAGUGGGUGGCGGUAGCAAUCACCAGAGACUUGCAACUACAUUGGCCACCAUGUCUGCUGCCGGAGGAGUGGGAGGGGCGUCAGUCCUCGAUUUGGGGGAUGGCAGCGGUUUUAAUGUUCGCGAUUUGAACUUGGUCGGUCUUCCAGAAAAUGCGGGGAUCGUGAAUGUUAUUCCAGGAGUGAAUAUGUCUCCAGGAGAACUGGUCACAAGUAUUCCAUCUCCUUCCACUGUUUGUCUUGAACCAUCAACUUCUGAGACUGUCCACAAGACUGUCGUCUGUAAUGAACCGACGUCAGAGUUGAGCGUGACGGCACCACUGUCAAAUUCUACCGUCACAAUACCCACGAUCAUCGAUCCGCACGCUGUGAGCAUUUUGAAUCCUGGUCAGUUGGAACUUAACGUAGCAACAAUCCCAGUCAGCGGUGCUUCGCUUGGUCAACCCAUCAUGUACGUCAUAACAAGCCGAGACCGAAACACUGGCGCCACCCAGCGAUUCCGCGUCACUGUGGAUGCUGAAUCUGUAGCAACAGCCCCCAUCGGGACUAUAUCACUUAAUGGGGAGUUACCCUCGCUGCAGAUUGGUAGUCACUGGGUUGUUGAGCAGCAGUCUGCAGUCCCAGUGGCUGGAUUAGUUAGCGGAAAUAUUGUAUCUGCAGAUGGUGCAACAGGAGUUGCAGGUGUUGUUGAUGGAGGUGGAGACAACGCAACUGUUACUUUGAACACUCAAGUAGUCCCAAGCUUAGAAACAGAAUCUGCAACGGCUCGGCUAAUAAAGACUGAAUUAGAAUCUGGUGAUGCAUCUGAGAACUACACAACAGGUUACCUCCGGAACAAACGGAAUGUCAAAGAUGAAAAGGUGAUGUGCUGUACAUUUGAAGGAUGCAAUGAAAUCUUCUCAACCAAGAAGAAAUUAAAACUUCAUCAAUUAAUCCAUGCUGACGAUAGGCCACAUAAGUGUACUGUAGAUGGAUGUGAUUGGACUUUCCCAACCUUAUACAAACUUCGGCGACAUCUUGCAGGCCACGGGGGUGAACGACCAUUUCAUUGUGAUCAGUGCAACGCUCCUUUCUCUACCAUCUACAACCUGAAGAUGCACAGAAAGAGACAUGAACGGACGGAGUUAUUCGUCUGUGAUGUCAAAGACUGCAACUUGUCUUUCCCUACAAUGAUUAAACUCAAGAAUCAUCUUCGUAUACACUUUCCCGAGCGACGGAUCAAGUGUGCAUAUCCUGGCUGCAAUAAAUCCUUCACCACAACAUGUGGUAUGGGAUCCCACUUACGUAUCCACGAACGGAAUGAGACGUCAUUUCCUUGCCUUGUUGAAGGAUGUAAUAAAAUCUACAAUAAAGCGUGUCGGCUCAAGCUUCAUAUGAGGUCACACACGGGGGAGAGACCGUUCAAAUGUACAGCAGAGGGUUGUACAUGGGCAUUUACCUGUAUACAAAAGCUGAGUCGUCAUAUGGUUCAACACACGGGGGACAGGAAACACAUGUGUGACCGUCCUGGAUGCCAAAAACUCUUUACUCGUUUGGAACAUCUCAAGACUCAUCUGAAAACUCACACCGGUGAGAAACCAUUUGCCUGCCCUGAGAAAGAUUGCAAUGCCCGCUUUGCCUCGCGGAGCAGCCUGUACAUGCAUGUCAAACGUCAUAAGGAGGGAUACACUGCUAAGCAGAAACCACAAUUCACCUGCCCAAUGGAUGAUUGUGACUUGAGUUACUCCACUAAGGAUGGAUUGAAGAAACAUAUACUGACUGUGCACAGUGUCAUGCUCCCAAGUUCAAGUAAUGAGUCAGAGCUAGUAUACAUUCCAACAGAGAAUCCUCAAGCAAUGGUUGACGCCAUGACAGACCCUGGCAUUCUACAAACCCCAAAAGUGGUCAGGAUAACUCAAUCCGAUGAAAGCUCCAACAGCAACACCGCCAAUCAAAGCUCUCCUAUCACCCUGAAAUCGGACACCACAACAAAUACCUCAAGCAAUCAAAGUAACUCCAACGACCCAACACCGUACACCAGUGUUGGGUUGAUAGUCGAUGCCUCUGGGGCACCAGUGAACUUUAUCAACUCUCCUGCCCGACAGGAAGGGGUCGCUUCUUCAAGUGGUGCUGCCUCCUCGAGUGGUGCUGCUGGGGCCACUGGUGGAUUAUACCAGGAGAGCUGGAGUGGGUCUGCUAGGACAGACUUUAUGUAUCGACCAGGUGGCAAGAAAUGGAGAAGUACAAGAAAUUCUGAGAGUGGUGAAUCUGAGACGGAUGGUUCUCUUUCAUCCUCCUACAUUCCAACAAGCUUCAGUAUGACAACCAGUGCAUCGUUAACACUACGUGAUCCUGCAACAGGAACACGCUAUGUACAGACGCAGCUUCUACAGGACGACCCCCCAGACGAGAGUGAACUAGCCUUCCAGUUGACCUCUCAUCCCACGACCCCUGACCCCUCAUCAGGUGACCUCAAUGUGUCUACCAUCUUGCCUGUUACCGAUCCAACUUGUCACUCUCACUGUUCGUCAUCUAGUGGAGUAGACUUCCUACAGUCUGACCAUGAGACAGAGUCGUCUGUUGGUGGGUUCCGAGAAAGUACAAUUAAUCUACAAGACUUAGAAUAGAAAUAAAUAUUCUUGGGCGUGCUAGAAUUUGGCUCUCUAUAGGUGCUUCUCACAAUUCCCCUAAUUUUGUUUUCUCGAAAAUUUUACUUUUGUGCAUAAUGUGGGUUCUAGCUUUGAAUGUGUCGGGGAAUAUCAAAUUUCUGCUUUGGAAAGCCUGGUUCAUUCUUGAUGCAACCUGCAGGAGAUUUUGGAUUACUAGGUGGCAGCAAACCUAGCAGGUAAAUUUCCAUUGUUUACAUAGUUGUGAGUAUGCGCACAUUACCGAGAAGAAUGGAUUUACCUAGUUAGUCAGCUGCCACCUAGUGUCCCAAAAAGUCACCCAUUGGAAAAUAUAGCACACUGAUUGUUUGCGUCAACAACAUUUAAUUUCAGGCUAUAGAGUGAAAAUGUUUUGACUAAAGAAACAAGCUGUUUAAGCAGUGUAUAUGUCUAAGCGAUUUUUCUGCAAAAAUUAGCAGGAAACCAGUCACACUUCCACUACAUUCUUUUUAGCGCAAUUAUUUUGUGAUAAGUUGUGUGCUUAAGCAGCUCUAUAAAAUUGGGGCCAGUUAAAUCGGAGCAAAGUUAACACCAGAGACCAGUUUCAUGAAGCUGUGGUUGGAACAGAAUAAUGUUUAAGCAGAGAAAACCAAAGUACAUGUACCUUUAAGUCAACACUACUCGUGGCUGGCUCUCUGCAAUUUUUUGCUUAGAAAAUUAAUUUUAUUUAACAACUUUAUCUGCUUAGCAGUUUAAUCUGUUAAGCAACUUCAUCUGCUUAGCAGCUUUAUGACAUUUUUUAAAAUGAAAUUUGAAUUACAAAUUCAAAAGAAGACGAUUUAAUUUAUUAACCAUUACUAUGUUAUUCAUUUAAAAAAAAAUACGGCUCUUUUUGUUGAAAUCAAAAUUCUGUUUUUUUUUUAAAUGAACUUAUCCGAGCUAAGUCUAUGUCAUUUCAGUCAUAAAACUCAUCUAUCAUAAAUGAGGGUUAUUUUAAAUUUGCAUUAAUAAAUGGCCUUUACAGAGCAUAUAAAAGAUUGACUUAAAAAUGUAAUUGUAUUUAAGUAUCAGUAUUAUUUGUCAGCAAAUAUUUAUUUUGUGAAAGAUGUAAUAAAUAUGUGCAUUAAUCGUAUAUACAAAAUGCAACGGAACACUUAUGAGAAUUCCA